AUGCACCCAAGUACUUCGCGUUAUCGUAGCAGAAACGGUGAUGGAACCUCCAAGAAGAAACGACGAGUUGAUGUGAAGAUGGAUAUGAUCAGUGAGUUGCCUAAUGCUCUGUUGCUUCAGAUAUUGUCCUUAAUUCCGACAACAGAUGUCGUAAGUACUUGUGUUUUGUCGAAACGAUGGAGAUCUCUAUGGAGAGAUGUGUCUAAGCUUGACUAUAGUCACCUGAAUGAUAGAAAACUGUCGCACAAAUUUGUUAAUAGGUUCCUGAUAUUACACAAGUCGCACAGGCUCGAGAGUAUGCGACUUAUAGUUGGGUCGGAUUGUGAGACUGCUGAUAUCGGAAUCUGGAUUGGUUAUGCGGUUGAACAUGGUUUGCGUGAGCUAGAACUCGACCUUUACUUGGAAAAAGAUCAACAUAUCCGAUUGUCAAGUAGCAUCUACACUUGUAAAACACUUGAGGUCUUGAAACUAAAGAACUGUGUUCGCGUAGAUGUUCCUGACUCCCAAGUUUGUUUCAAGUCCCUCAAGAUCCUAAAUCUUCAGCUUGUGCACUUCGAGGACGAGGAUUCAGUGCGUAGGCUUUUCGCAAGUUGUACUAAUCUUGAAGAAUUGGUUGUUACGCGAUAUAUGGACAAUGUGAUCAACUUCACUAUCGAAGCACCAUCUUUGAAGAGAUUAUCAAUACAUGAUCGUAGCGAUGGAGAUGGUCAAAGAGGGUAUGUGAUAAACACUCCUUCUUUGAAAUACUUGUCCAUUAAGGGACAUCAAGAUUUUGAGGUUUCUCUUGAGAAUACACCGGAGCUACGGGAGGCAAAGAUUAUUGAUAUUGAUACUGAGAAGAUUCUCCUACCUCUCGCCUCAUCAGUCACGCGUCUCUCCCUAUCUUUAUCGCCUUUAGAGAUUAGGUACGCUUAUAGUAUUGUCUUUCAUAAGCUUGUAAAUUUGGAGUUAAGUACAAGUAAAACCGAGUGGUGCAAUCUACUUGUGGUUCUGCUAUUGAAUUCUCCUAAUCUACAAGUUCUCAAGCUCAUGAGAGAUGAGUCGGGGUUAGACAACAAGGAGCGCUCACAAUUUUAUGAACCGAUCAAUGUUCCUCCUUGUUUGCUAUUCUACCUACAAAGAUUCGAGUGGAAAAAAUACAAUGGACGACGUGAAGAAGAAAAAAAAGUUGCGAUGUACAUACUAUCAAAUGCGAAACAUUUGAAAGUAGCAAAUUUCACGACGAAAAACUUUAAUUCGGAUGUGAAAUUUGAGAUGUUGAAGGAGUUAGCUCGUGAGCCUAAGGCUUCACCUUCGUGUCAGUUUUUCUUUGAGUGA